AAAAUAGAUAAAUAAAAAUUGAGUGAAUAUAGCGAAUGAGAGUUCACCGACAAAUAAAUGGUUCGCUAAAAAAAAGAAAAAAGAAAAAAGAAAAUAAAUACUAAGUCGUUAGCGUUUUCUAACUGAAGAGAGACAAGCUUCCACUGUAAGCCGUCUUACUUAAAAUAGGGUUUUCUAAUGUAACACUGCCUUCAUUUCUCUCUCUAGGGUUUUAAGCAAGCACGCUCGUGCCCUCUCCAAUUUCUCUCGUUUACCUGCCAAAGAAUCAAGCAUGACUCAAUCCCAGGAGGAGUUAUUGGCCCACCAUCUUGAGCAACAGAAAAUUGAUAACGACGAGCCUAUAAUUGAAGAUGAAGAAGAUGAUGAUGAUGACGACGAAGAAGAUGAAGAUGAUGCUGAAGGACAAGAAGAUGCCAGUGGUAGGUCAAAGCAGAGUCGUAGUGAGAAGAAGAGUCGCAAGGCGAUGCUAAAGCUGGGAAUGAAGCCAAUCCCGGGGGUCAGCCGAGUCACUGUGAAGAAGAGCAAGAAUAUCCUAUUCGUCAUCUCAAAACCAGACGUCUUCAAGAGCCCGAACUCAGAUACUUAUGUCAUUUUUGGUGAGGCGAAAAUUGAGGAUUUGAGCUCACAAUUGCAGACUCAGGCUGCAGAGCAGUUCAAGGCUCCCAACAUCAGUCAAGCUGCACCAAAGGCGGAGCCAGCAACCGUAAUUCAAGAUGAUGAAGAUGUAGAUGAGACGGGCGUUGAACCCAAGGACAUCGAGCUGGUGAUGACACAAGCUGGGGUUUCGAGGGCUAGGGCCGUCAAAGCUCUCAGGGAUGCAGAUGGAGAUAUCGUCACCGCCAUUAUGGAGCUCACAAACUAGACCGCACUGUCAUGCUUAGAUAUAUUUCCUAGUUGAGGGCCGCCAUUUUCUUACGACCCUUGGAUAUCGAAUCUUUGUGGUCUAGCGAUGUGCUUCAUUUUAAGUUUUCUGUGUGUUCUAAUACAAACUACUGGAAUUGUGAUAACUAUGUUCUCAAUUUUGCAUCUGUUUUAUGCAUUCAUCCUUUAGCCCAAAAGUAAUAUGAUGAAAUUCUUCA